AACACUGAGGCCACUUUGGAUUUCUCUUUCCGCACAUCUCCUCCGCUUCCACCUCGUCGUGAAGCUUCUCCUCUCGGUAAACUUUUCAACUUUUCUCCCCGCGCUCCAGCGGCCGGUUUCGGGGUGUUUUUUCUGGGGAGGAGGGGGAGUCCGUGCGCCGGGAGGCUCCGUGCGCAACAGGAAUGCACUUUGCAGGAAACGCAGCUCGGUGCUCGGACACCUCCUGCUCUGUUUCCCCCUAAAGAGGAGCUGUGGAUGAGAACGGGCGAUGCACCGGUGAGGGAUCGUUGUCGACGCACCGGUUCUCCCCGGAGACAGAGCGCUCCCCCCGGCCGGGCAUGGAGAGCGGUGGCCGGGCGGGGCUCCAGCAGGCGGCGGCGGCGGCGGCGGCGGGCGGAGGAGGAGACGGAGGCGGCUGGGUGCUGGUGGAGGCCCGGCUGCAGGGAGGAGCGCCGUGGGGCUUCACCCUGCAGGGCGGCCUGGAGCACGGAGAGCCGCUCAUCAUCUCCAAGGUAGAAGAAGGCGGUAAGGCCGAUAGUUUGGAUCAACCGCUGCUGGUCGGGGACGAGAUUGUCGUCAUCAAUGAGGUGGAGCUGACCGGAUACCGACAGGAGGCCAUCGCUCUGGUCAAAGGAUCGUACAAGACGCUGCAGCUCACCGUCCGCAGGGAGUUUGAUCCCGGAUACAUCGAGGAGUUUGUCGCUUCACCUCCUUCCCUCACUGAUCUUCCUCCUCCUCCUCCUCCUCCUCCUCCUCUGUCUCCUUCACUGCCACCACCAACACAACAACAACAACAAACACCUCCGUCAUCCAAUCACAGCAGACCAUGUUCAGCAGUCCAGCUACGCAUCAAAAACAGACGCACUGAGCCGUCGUCCCGGCCUCACUCGUGGCACUCGACGAAGCUCGGCGAUGGUCGGCCGGAGCUGGACCCGGCGGCGAUGGACACGAUGAGCAGCGCCUGGCACCACAGCUACCACGCCAGUGCCUCGACCACCGACCUGUCCGGCGGCUUCGACUCCGGCGGCGGCGGCAGCGGCUACCUGAGGAAGAGCCCGGACCAGUACAGCUCCAGGGGCAGCAUGGAGAGCCUGGACCCUCCCCAGUCCUCCCAGCUGCACUCCGGAGCUCAGCACCAGCAUCCACUGGGUCACCACGGCCACGGCGGGUCCCACCACACCUACUCGUCCUGCCACCAGCUGUCCUCCGCCAGGUCGUCCAACAGCAUCGACCACCUGCACAGCAAGCGGGACUCGGCCUAUUCGUCCUUCUCCACCAGCUCCAGCAUCCCGGAGUACCUCGCCUCCACCCCUUCGUUCAGCCCGGAGCGCUCCUAUUCGCUGGAGACCGUCCCUCAGAGGGGAGGAGGAGGAGGAAGCGGGGAGAUGCAGCAGGCCGACAUGCGCUACAUCCGGACGGUUUACGACGCCCAGCAGGGCCUCUCUCAGGAGCACGAGCUGAGCUCCACCUCCGCCGCCAUGCUGCGCAGCACCGACUCCAGAGGCGGAGCGAGGCCGGGGCUGAGCCGAGACCUCCAGGGUUCAGGGGGCGGAGUCUGUUACCGUGGCAGCAGCAGCGGCAGCAGCAGCAGCAGCGGCAGCAGCGGUGGAGGCGCUCCAGCUGCAAACAGGCACAGCGUGGGUCCAAUAUGGGGCCCAGCCGCUAGCCGAAGUUCCUACGAGAGCCUGAAGGGGGCGCCCGCUCCACCGAGGCGCAGCGACAGCUACGCAGCCACCAGAAACCACGAGAGACCGAACUCCUGGUCCAGUCUGGACCACGCCAGGUCACUACGAUCUCUGCAAAAAGGUUCCUGGCAUCACUCCAGCGGCCCCGUUGCCUCAGCUAAAGGCUCGUACGGCGCUGAGGGUCAGCUCCACACAGUGAUAGAGAAGAGUCCGGAGAGCAGCCCCACCACAAAGCCCCGGCAGGGCGGAGGCUUUCCCCAACCGCCCUCCCCUACUGGAGCCUCCUUGGCAGGCUCCCCUCCCCAGUCCAACCGCCUCAUUCUUCCCACGGGCGUUUACCCCGUUCCCCAGCCUGAGCCACACUACGCACAGAUGCCCAGCUCCAGCCCCGGCCCCUCCGGAGUCUACCCGGCCCUGGCCAAGGAAAGCAGCCGGCAGCAGCAGCAACAACAAGGGCUGCAGGGUGUCGCGGGGAGGGAUGAAGGAGCAGCGGAGGGCCGGAGGGAUGGAAGGACGUCAGCUGCUGAAAAUGGAUACCAAAAUAGCACUUCUUCAUCGCAUCCCCACUCCUCUUAUUCAACAUCUGCCUCUGCACAGCUCAGGACUCAGGCACACGAGGCAGACAGGCAUCAACACGACGAGUCUAACUUUGGACCCUAUAGACAACAAAUAAAAACUACUGGAGGAGGAUCAGAUGUCCAGACUGUGGCUCAAAGUCCUCAAAACCACCAAGGAGCAUACAAUCAGAGCGAAUCCCAUUUUCAUACAAGCAAAGGACCCCACAGCCAAGUGUACCGGGACCAGAACCAAGAUUUUCAUAUUCUGAUGCAGUCGACCCCUGACCUCAGGCCCCUCUCCUCACAAGACAGGAGCGACCCCUACUUCCCUGGCCAUUCCCGGGGAGACCGAAGCAGAUCGAUGGACCAGAGCAGUGUUCAUUCAGAGCCAGUGACAUCUCCCAGGCUCGCCCAGGGACAGGUGCACCCUGGCCACUUACCUGUUCACCCUCAGCCUCAGGCUCCGCCCACCGCCGCCUCGCACACUUCACCCCGUCACUUUAGUGACUCAGCAGCUCUGCAGUACCAACAGUGGGAUCACCGAGAGCAGGACAAAGAUCGAGAACACCCGCUGACCCGUCUGGAGAUUGCGCUCGCCGAGGUCCAGCGAUGCGCCAGCCCCGACAGUGUUGUCUCCGCCAGUAGCCACGGCAACAGUAGCUUUAGCGAUGGUACCCAAGGGCCCGCUCGCAGCCUCUCCGUUUUGGAGAAGGUCAGUCGUUUUGAGCGCCGGGAACGUGCUGGAAAGCAGCGCAGCCACAGCACCAGCAACAACCCACACAACAAAGCCACGCAUCUGCGGAUGACUGAUAAAGGCCGCAGCAGCCCCUGUGGAGCAGAAGACCUCCGAAACAUGCUGGAGAGAAGCACCAAGGGAACCAAAGCCCACCGGACCAUGAGCUACAGAGGCGGCAGCAGCGAACACAUGAAAUACAGAACUCCAGCCGAUCCUAAUUCGGCCCUUCAGAGGAGCAGAAGCACCUUCCAACUGGAUGGAUCUAGGGAAGGAGAGAGCAGCAAAGACUUUCCCUGGAGACAGGAAGUCCAAGAGAUCUUUGUCCCCAUGCAGGACACAUCCUCCAACAGAUCUUACAGGGACUCCUUGAAAGACGCCCAGACUCAUGUCCUACGAUCCACCUCCUUCAGACGACGAGACCUCAGCUCCUCGGUCAGCCCCCCACCUCCUGCAGCUCCUCCUACUGUCCCCUCCACCAGCAGCCAACAGCCUCCACCUGUCCCUACCAAGUACCACUCCCUGGAGAAAAAAGCCCCCAAAACAAUGCCUAAACCACAGGGCAUCGUCAUCACACCACAGUCCAUAUCCAUACCUCCGGUCACUUCCCCUCACACCCCAAAGGAGAGGCAUGUGGUCAGUCCCGAUGUUCGAGGCUCGAGCCCACCAGCCCUCCCCAGUGUCCCACCAGUUGGACCCCCAGGACUGAUGCGGAUCUGUGGCCGCAAGCGUCUGACGGCAGACCAGAAGAAGCGCUCAUACUCAGAACCAGAAAAUAUGAACGAGGUUGGAGUUUCGGAUCCUGAGACUGCUGCCCUUUUCCGUCGUGGAGGAGAAACCAGCGUGGCAGACCGACGGAAGAUGUUUGAACUUGUGGCAGGUCGUGUUGGUGGCGGAGCUCCUCAGAACCCCACGUCAAGGCCCGACCUACGGCAAGUUCAGCAAGACGCCCUCGCCGAGUACAUGGAGAGGAAGCGAGGUGUAAAGAGAGACGAGGGAGGGCCGAGGAGUGGAUCGAGGCCUCGCAGUGCUUAUAUACAGCCUGAUAACAGCAACCAUACAGUCUCGUCCAGUUACUCGGACACCCUCAGCCUCUCCUCCACCUCCAGCAUGCUCUCCCUCCAAGACUCUGGCCUAGAUCGAAGCUUCUCCUCUGCGGAGAGGCGUGUCUCCUCAACCCUCCCUCCUGGAAGUGACCUUCGGAGCUUCCAGUCCAACCUUUUCUACCCAGGCAGGGUGACCACACCGAGGCUUCCAGUGCAACCACCGCCUAGUUCCCCUCCUGCCUCCAUUCUUGAGCUCCUGACCCAGGAUCUCACCGGUGAAGCAGGGAUUGGCAGACACAGUCAGUCUUCCAGUAGAGAACCACAGCCGGGCCAUGAGCGGCAGAUCGCAGAGCCUCAGCUGAGCCUGGGACUGUCUAAGCAGCUCAAUGGGGCUCUGCAGAGGGCCGGGUCAGCUCGGAGGUCCGGAAAAUCAGCCUCUGCCGAAGAUCUCCUGGAGCAAACCAAGGACCGACAAGUUUCUCCUCAACACAGCCGCUCUCGCUCGUCCCCCACAGCAGAGAGACUGAACCAGGACUUCCUUCCAGGUGACGUCAGGAUGUUUGGCGUUUUCAUCUCUGAACCUGGACGCUGCGUUCUGGCGGCAGACAGACCUGCAGACGUCCACGUCUCAGCAGAUCCUCCUCCAACGUCCCAGAACGUCUUCCAGCCUGCAGGAGCUUCACUCGAUCCCGGUUCCUCCCAGACCCCCGUCACCCGUCGGGAGCGUCAGAGGAACAGCGAGCGACAGCGAGUCCACAGCGCCUCCACCCUGGCGGCCUCCGUCGGCCUGCCGUGUCCCUUCUCCUCCCCCGGAGCUCCAGAUGGAGGCGAGUGGCCGGUCGCCGUCAGCUUCCCGGAGAUCCAAGAAGAUCAAAGUUCUGCUGGAACGCCGACGAGACGCAGCAUGAGCGACGCCACCGCGUUGGAGGAAACUCCGAGGGACGUGCACCGAGGCCGGGCCUUCAGCCUGGAGAUGACCGGAGGGUUCCCUGCAGAAAGCGUAGGUUCGACUCCGCCGUCACACUUCCACCUGGACAGGAGGAGCAGCUCUCCUCCGUCCCCCCACCCGUCCGUCCAGCGGCCACUCGCCUCGCUGAGGAUCUCCGAGUCGAACCUGAGCAGCCCCAUCGACCUGCAGCCGCCGGCAGAAGCUCCCACGACCUUCCAGCAGGAGGACUACGACGAAGUGUUCCUCCAGAACCCUCCUUAUAUCAAGGAGACCAACAUCAUCGAGGACUUCCCUCCUCCUCCACCUCCGGUCGAGCUGGAGCCGGAAGCUGAGCCGCUGACAUCUGGAAGUCCGACUCCAGAGUUCUUGAGCAGCUCCAGGAAGUCUUCGCUGCAGCCCUCCGUCUGUCCUCCACCUGCUCUGAAGCCGCAGUCCUCCUCCAUCACCUCCAUCUCCACGUCCUCCACCAUCGAGGACAACCUGAACCUCGACUACCAGCCGCUGCCUCGGAGGGACAAGACGCCGGAGGAGCUGAGAGUGGAGGCUUUAGCUCGGCAGCUGGUGUUGCAGGAUCCGUCUCUGUCGCCCCUCUUGGACACCUGGGGCGGUAAAUCCACCGUCGACUUAAUGGAGGAGAUUUUUCCCAACAGCAGGCUGAUCAGUAAACCCCAGCGCAGAGGCAGCAGGAUCCAAGAUGGCGUCUGCGAUCCUGCUGAGAUCGCUGAGCAAGGGAAUGAAACUGAUCUGGACGAGGAGGAGAAGGACAUCAACGCCAGAAAGGUGGAGCUGUGCGAGGCUCUGAGGAGCAGCAUAGCGGCGCUGCAGCGGGAGAAGGAGGCGCUGAGCGAGGAGCAGCGGCGCCACCGGGUGCUGGAGGCCAACGUCGAGACACUGGUGCAGGAAAAACUCAAAGCCAACGAGAGGGACAAGUACAGCAUGUUCAUCGGAGAUCUGGAGAAGAUCGUGAACCUGCUGCUGUCGCUGUGCAGCCGGAUGUCGAGGAUCGACCGAUCGCUGCUGGCUCUGCAGAGAGACGAGCUGACGUCGGAGGAUGCAGCCGAGGAGAAGGAGAACCUCCUUCACAAACGCUCUCUGCUGCUCCGCCAAACCGAAGACGCCCGGGAGCUGAAGGAGAACCUGGACCGGCGGCAGCGCGUGGUCCAGUCCAUCCUGUCCGGCUACCUCAGCGACCCGCAGCUGGAGGAGUACCGCUGCUUCGUCAGCGCCAGGCCCUCGCUCCUGAUUCGCCAGCGCCACCUGGACGACCUCGUGCGGCAGGGGGAGGAGCAGCUGGCGCGACUGGCCGAGACGCUGCCGCCGGAGCUGGCCGAGGCUCGCGGCUGGUCGCCGGCGUUCCGCAGCCCGACGUCGUGCUCGUCGCCGUUCCCGUCGCUCCUGCCGCCGUCCCUGAUCCCAGGCCCCGCCCACCCGGUCAGGACCACUACCGUGACGUCACUGUGAUGUCACGGACGGGGCAGGAAGUGACCCUAAAAACUGAAGCGAUGCUCUAAAGUGAAGCAGCUUUACGGACGCUGCUCACGAUGAAACUACUAUGCAGACUUCACACAUGAGGAAGGAAAAGCCUUCGAAGCGCUUCGUUCUGUUCACACCCGUUAGACCUCCGAUCACCUCGACACCAGCAACCAGCUCCGUGUGGACUCAACCCGACUGCUGCCAACUAACGACUAACUCUGCUCUGAAAUGUGAUCCUGAAAGGCCGCCGGGCGUUUUCAUGUUGGAGGUUCCCCAAGAAAGCUGGACGAUUCCAGCGAGGAUUUCUUUUAUCUUUGCGACGCGUUUUUAAUCCGCCAAACGCGCUGGAGUCGUCCUUCACCGACCACGACGGUGCUUUCAGGAACCUUCCUCCAAGCGGGUCAUCUCCCAAAGACAAAACACCAUCAUCUGCAAAAAAAAAAAACAAAAGCGUCGCAAAACCUGCUCACUCUUCGCACAUGUACAGCAAACUUACUGAAACCAAUUAACGCCAAAAUUGGAGCACAUAAUUGUCAUACUGUAACACAACUACUGCCUGAACGCCUGCAGCUUGUAGCACUUUGUAGCAGCCCGACUACUGUUUGCAGCAGAAUUUACACUGAAUGACGAAAGAAAAAAAAAAGGUUUUCCGCCUCUUUAAAAUACUCCUGUGAUGAAACAUCCGAUGCCUAAAAAGGAAAAGUUUCCAAAGAUUUUCACUGGAGGAAAUGUUUGCAGAUAUCUCGUGGGUUUCAUUUAAAAAUUGAGGCACAAAUACAUAUUUUUUCUGCAUUUUACUGGCCCCAACAGUUAGCUUAACAUCUGAGUAAUAGCUCAGUCUGCAUUAUAAAAGGAAAAUAAAUCACCAAAAACCCAAAGAUAUUUAAUUGAGAACCAUAUGAAACAUUCAAAAAAAGCACAUUUGAGAGGCUGGAAUUGGUAUUUUUGCGGAUAAACGGUUAUAAUUUUGGGUGCAGAGUGAUGUUUUUCCACGUUCCAACAACUCCCGUUAACAAAAUGCCGUUCGUGAUCGAACAAACUUCUGCUGAAACAAACUUCUUCAGCAGUUUUUCCUCAAACGGAGCCAGUAACACUGUGAGAAACGCGGCGCUGCUUUCGUAAAAACUCUGCUUAUUUGAUCUGUUUCGGAAAAACGAGAUUCUUCGUUCAAUCUCAGUGGUGAAGUCACUUUAGUUACUCUUUUAAAAGUCGGGAAACCUACGGAGGACGAAAGCAGGAACACGAGUCAAAGCUGUGCUGACAGACAAGCGAUCGUCUUGAGAAACAGAUUGUUUUUUGGUCAGAAGCCAAACUACCACGACUUUUCCUACAUUUCCCACAAUGCAGCUUACUGCUGUCAUUUAUUACACAUCUUGUGCCUGAUAAACACUUGAACUCUUUAAAUACGUAGAAAUUUGAGGCCUCAAAAAGACAUUUCCUCAGUUUUUAAAGCGUUUCCCUUUAAUCUUCUUUAAAACACCCUCAUGGGUUGAACAUUGUGGAAAAUAUUUAAGCAAAAUGCUGCAAAUUUGCUCUCAGACGAGUUAAAAGGAAACAGAAAUGAGAACAAAAACGGAUCAGAACGCUGACCUGUGAGGAAAAUAUCAACAUUACAGUAAUAAAUGAGAUAUAAAUGUAAAUGUUGAACCUCCUGCUUUCCUCCAUCGUCGACUUUAUUUAUUCUCUUGACAUUUUUUCCUUCAUUUGUCCUCUCUGGGCUCCCGUAGCUUUCCAGGAAACCCUUGAUUUGGAUUCUCUGCCAGCUGUUGAUCAGGUCUAGAUUUGUGAUUUUUGAUCAUCUUUUAUCGGUUUCUCAUCAGGCUCCAUUCGGCUUCUCUUCGGUUCGGCUCUACAGGGUCAAUAUUUAUUUGUUAGCGAACAGCAGCAGCUCUGAUCAGAGGAAGGUUUCACCUGUUUUCACUCCAAACUCUUCUGCUCUUCACCCACAUGUUUAGUUUUGAGAGCACCUUUUUAAAUAUCCUGCAAACACCACAGCUACACGAUCCGCCACGUCCGCAUUAAUAACCCCCGUUUUACUGUUGAUUAUCGUUUGUUACUGUCGGAGGCACCGCAGAAUAUCUCAAGACGUGUUUCUGGUUUAUUGUUGAAUGAAAUUCAAUGUUCACUUUAUGAAAGAAUUGAGAACAAAUAAUAAAACAGAUCCCGGUUUUUGCAAAAUAAAUGUAUUUUGUAAAUACUG